CUGGCCCCCAUCCUCUAUUUCUUCAAAGACACAGGUACACAUCAUAGGAAAAAACCCCAAAAACAGAAAGAGAAAGAAGUAAGUCAAAAAAUAGGAAAUACUGCUAGAUGGCUACCAGAUUAGCAGCAGAGUACGCUUUUAGUCCCUUUUGGCACAACAAAACAAGGUAGUAAUACGGGAGAAGGUGGUCCAGUAAUCUUCUCCAGCAGGGUGGCCAUAGUGAGAUAGAGUGGUGAAACUGGGUUCCGAAUAAAAAAAACAGAGCGAGUGAGGAAGGCAAAAGCUAUGACAUUGGAAUCCGCUUCAAGGUAAGCCCCACUCCACUGAAUUGGAGAAUUCCAGAACACGUAUCAAAGAGUGCUCCAAUGGAAGUGGGGCACAAUUGAGAUAAUUUCGACGAUUAGAAAAGAAAAAGAAGAAGGUUAGUGUUCAAUGAGCUCGAGAUAGCUGCCUGAUGAGAGGAAGGGACGCCGGGUACAGUCUUUCUUUGGUUCCAGCCCCCCGGUUACACCAAAGCACACCAGUCAAUACUGUACUAUAGCACUUACACCUGUGAGUUGGCAAAAUAAUAUUGUAUGAUAAUAAAAGACCUGAGUUGGCGAAAUAAUAAUAAUAAAAAAACCUAACGCUAACUAAGUGUUUAGUUACUAUGCCCAAAAGCCCCAUGCCUUUCCUAGUUGGAUAACCAAACCCAACCGGCGAUUUCCUACAAGUUUCUCUGUUUUUGGGGGAAACUAAGAAUAAGAAAGGACAAAGAAAAAUUUAUAUCAUGUUUACACCGAUCGGAUUUCUAAAAGUCCUUCGACCCUUACCUUUUAUUCAUUCUAUGAUUCUCCUUUCUAACCUUCUUUUGACUACUUGGCUCCUGUCUCAUUGGAUUGGCUUUGAUCCCUACCUUAUUAUGGAGAGGGUCAAAGGUUCUUUUUUACUCCAUGCCUUACGUGCUCUUUUUAGGCUCUUUGGUUUGGAAAUGCCUAUCCUUCUUCUUUCGCUCGUCUCUUUGGUAGGCGGUUGCAGCAACUUGCACAUGGAUGAUAAUUCCGCUGGAGGAAGGGCGGUGGAUUCAGGGUCGGGGUCGGAUAAUUGGCAAAAGUACCUCAACUUAUCCGAGGAAAAUGACUCUGCCGCAUCAGCCUCUCCCACGUCGUCCUCUUUUUUCAGAGGAAUUUCGGACAUGUUCCCUGCACCGGACCUUGGGGUGUAAGUGCAGCAAGUGAGCCCUACUCAUUCAAUUUCCCAAACGGAUCUAUGGAAUUCACCUUCCUCGUCGGCUCCAACCCCAGGUCAGGAUAAUCCACCGCCCCUGAUCCCAGAGCUCCACCCUCCGCUUCUCGAUGAUGACACCCGUCGAGUGGAGCUCGCGAGUAGGUUAAGAACCAUUUUAUGGGGGAAAGCUUAUAGGGAAGAAAUGAUAGAUUCUGUUGUUGAUACGCAAGUGCAGAUUGAAAAACAUCUUCAAGCUGCACUUGUGGGACGGGACUAUUCGGUUGAGUCUCUUCUUGCGAAGAGGAACCAGAUCAGGGGGCUCAUCUUCUCCCCAAUGGGAGAAGCGCUUAGUGAAAGGACUUACGCUUUGCACCUGAGGAGAUUCUCCAGUUGGGUACAGUGCAAAGCCUUCCAUUUCGGCGAGUUGAAAGGGCCAUAAAGGACUUAAAUCUCUUUCUUAAACUUGAAAGAGCGUAAAUUCUUCCUUUUUUAUCCUAAUUUCCAACUCUUUCUGUGAGGCAAAACCUCACCACACUACACUAUACUUCGACACAAGAGAAGAGGAUAGGGCGCUUUGUAUCUUCGAGAUAGGAGUUGGCGGUCUUCUUUAAGAGAACUUCAAUCUAAUACUCAUUAUGGAUCAACUCAUGUUUCCACUCUAUUUUCAUUACGAGGAUGCAUCACGUCAUGAUCCGUUGCUCAAACCGAAUCACGCCAACGUUAUGGAAGUUCCUGGAUCGUGUAAAAUAAUAGUAGUACCAAAGACAACACCUUCUAUCAAAAAUAGAAAAUUGGCUAUGGAGAUUCCGUACAGCCAGAAAUUAAAACAAAGGGCUUCAACAGGAAAGUCGUUUCGAUCCAAUCCAUUCUUGGGGUCAAAUAAACAAAAAGGAUAUGUCAGUGACCUAGCACGACAAAGCACUCUCCGAGGGCAUGUAAUGUCACAUUUUUUUGUCAGAAUAUCCACAGUAAUGUCUCUGUUAGAUUCUCCGCUCGAAAUAAGGGAAAGAUCAAUUCAAUUCUCGAUGGAAACGGAAUUUGGCGAAUUCUCCCCCGAACUGGAAGAUCAUUUCGAGAUCUUCGAACAUAUUCGAGGGUUCAAAGUUACUAUUGUAACUUCGGCCAACACACAAGAUGAGACUUUACCACCGUGGAGCGGCUUUUUGCAAAAAGAUGAGGGGGAAACUCAGUAAGAUGUCGGAGAAGCGAAAUAUACGAGAUCACAAACGUAGAUUGCUUGCGGCUAGGUUAAAUAUGAAUUGAGAUGAAAGCUUUAUAAAGCCCUUUGUAAAGAUCCCGAUCUUCCUAGUGCUAUGCGGGACAAACAUCGUUCUAAGUUGUCCAAGUUGCCAAGAAAGAGUUCAUUUGCACGAGUAAGAAACCGAUGUAUUUACACGAGU